GGUGGGACUUCCUGUUUCAAAUAAACACCCAGAGAUUCCCCCCCCUCCGCCCACCGAAGUGUGUCCCCCUCAGGGGGUCCGUCACCGUUUCUCCCUCAGGAGUCGAAGGGAUCCGCGGAUACGGGAGGGCCCGGUUAGGGCCUGGGGCAGUUGCACAGGCCGGGCUGGCGCCUCGGGGCCACGGGACCUGCCUCUGGCCCUGCCCCUGCUUCACGGCCCCCGGCCCGCGCUCUGGCCGCCGGAGCCAAGUUGUCCGAGGUUAUGCGUCUCAAUGAUCCCGCGGAAACGCUACGGGUCUAAGAACACGGAUCAGGGUGUCUACCUGGGUCUCUCAAAGACACAGGUCCUAUCCCCUGCAACUGCUGGCAGUAGCAGCAGCGACAUCGCCCCUCUGCCCCCCCCAGUGGCCCUGGUCCCUCCCCCUCCCAACACCAUGUCCUGCCGGGAUCGGACCCAGGAGUUCCUGUCUGCCUGCAAGUCCCUGCAGAGCCGUCAGAAUGGAAUCCAGACAAACAAGCCGGCUCUGCGUGCUGUCCGGCAGCGUAGUGAAUUUACGCUCAUGGCCAAGCGCAUUGGGAAAGACCUCAGCAACACAUUUGCCAAGCUGGAGAAGCUGACAAUCUUGGCAAAGCGCAAGUCCCUCUUCGAUGAUAAAGCAGUGGAAAUCGAAGAGCUAACUUACAUCAUCAAACAGGACAUCAAUAGCCUCAACAAACAAAUUGCCCAGCUUCAGGAUUUCGUGAGGGCCAAGGGCAGCCAGAGCGGCCGGCACCUGCAAACCCAUUCCAACACCAUCGUGGUCUCCCUGCAGUCAAAACUGGCCUCGAUGUCCAAUGACUUCAAAUCAGUUUUAGAAGUGAGGACAGAGAACCUGAAGCAGCAGAGGAACCGGCGGGACCAAUUCUCCCGAGCACCCGUGUCAGCCCUGCCCCUGGCCCCCAACCACCUGGGGGGCAGUGCUGUGGUUUUGGGGGCGGAGUCCCGUGCCUCUGGGGAUGUGGCCAUUGACAUGAUGGACUCUCGGACCAGCCAGCAGCUGCAGCUCAUUGAUGAGCAGGAUUCCUACAUCCAGAGCCGGGCAGACACCAUGCAGAACAUCGAGUCCACAAUUGUCGAGCUGGGCUCCAUCUUUCAGCAACUGGCACACAUGGUUAAGGAGCAGGAAGAAACCAUUCAGAGGAUCGACGAGAAUGUGCUGGGAGCCCAGCUGGAUGUUGAGGCUGCCCAUUCAGAGAUCCUCAAGUACUUCCAGUCGGUCACCUCGAACCGGUGGCUCAUGGUCAAAAUCUUCCUCAUCCUCAUUGUCUUCUUCAUCAUCUUUGUGGUCUUCCUUGCCUGAACCCUCUCCUCUCUGAGGCACUCCGUGGGGGUUUGGAACCCCUUUGGUAGGGCAGGUGGCCAGUGCUGCCACUGAGCCUAUGCAGGGUGCUUGGGAGAAAGGCCCUGUUUCCCUGGAACUGCUGAGAAUGGCCACUGACCCUGACCCCUAACCCUUUGCCUCUGGCCACCCUGUCCUCCCCUCACCGCCCUCAGGCCCUCGAAACACACACGGUUCUGGAUUUGUACUCUGCUGUGAGGUGGCUGGAAGGGAGAAGCCAACCGGGGGGUUAGUGGGGGAGGUUGUCUCCACUAGGUAGGAGAUUUUUAGAAACUCCCCAGCCUCUUCCAAAGGAAACUUUGGCAGCAAGGGAGAUGAUGCCCUUUCCCACCUUCCUGAGAGUGAGGAGAGGAAGUGAAAUUGCCCCCCCCACCCCCCCGGGGACCAACUUUCCCAUCUGGGUUAGAAUUUGACCUCUUUCUUCUUCCUCUUUCCACCACGUGAGGCAGGGGGCCCUGAGCCCCUUGGCUGCCUGCACAACCCCAACUUUGGCUGCUGGUGACUCUCAAUCUGCCAAAUGCGCUGCAGCCCAUUUUCUCCCAAUUACAGCAAGACUGUCAGCCUUA